AUGGCCGCCAGAGAAAAGCUAAGAGACAACCCCAUGAGAGAUCAAAGAAACGCACACGCUUUUCUAGACAAGGAGCUGAAGAAGCUCUGGAGGAUUAUUUUCCUAGAUUACCCACAAUACUCAGAGAGUCAGAAGGCGGAGGAGGAGGAGAAGGUUGAUAGUAAGAACGAGGAGCAGAGGAGGCGCGCCACAGAGGGAGUGGUAGACAUCACAUUGCUCUGCCUGAUGGAGAUGAACCAGGAGGAACUGGCAGAUAAACUGUGGCGUGGUACUGUUGCCGUCAUGUGCAAAGGUAAAAUCAAGUCCCAUCUGAAGGAGAAGUUCAGGUUUGUGUUUGAGGGAAUCGCUAAAGCAGGACAGCCAACAGGUCUGAAUGACUUCUACAUAGAGCUCUUCAUCACAGAUAGAGGCAAUGAAGAGGCCAACAAGGAACAUGAGGUCAGACUGAUUGAAACAACUUCCAGGAAAUCAGCUAACCAGGAAACACCAAUCAAAUGUGAAGACAUCUUUAAACCCUUACCUACUAGGCAAGGUCAGCCAAUCAGAACAAUAAUGACAACUGGAGUGGCUGGCAUUGGUAAAACUGUCUUAACAAACAAGUUCACUCUGGAUUGGGCUGAAGGCAAAGCCAACCAGGACAUAGACUUCACAUUUGCCUUCACUUUCAGAGCGCUGAAUUUACUGAUUGCGAAAGAGUUUAGCUUGGUCGAACUCCUUCAUCACUUCUUUAUUGAAACCAAAGAAGCAGAAAUCUGCAGAUACGACCGGUUCCAAGUUGUCUUCAUCUUGGAUGGUCUGGAUGAGUGCCGACUUCCUCUGGACUUCCAGAACAACCAGACCUGGACUGAUGUCACAAAGCCGACCUCAGUGGACGUGCUGCUUACAAACCUCAUCAUGGGCGACCUGCUACCAUCUGCUCGCAUCUGGAUAACCACACGCCCUGCGGCAGCAAAUCAGAUCCCUGCAGAGUGUGUUGACAUGGUGACAGAGGUGAGAGGGUUCACCAACCCAAAGAAAGAGGAGUACUUUAGGAAGAGAUUCAGAGAGGAGACCUUGGCCAGCACAAUCAUCUCCCACAUCAAGAAAUCCCGAAGCCUCUACAUCAUGUGUCACAUCCCAGUCUUCUGUUGGAUCAGUGCUACAGUUCUGGAGGACAUCUUCAAAACAUCCCAGAGAGGAAAAGAGAUGCCCAAGACUGUGACUCAGAUGUACAUCCACUUUCUUAGGGUUCAGUCCAUACAGGAGGAUAGGAAGUACCAUGGGAGAGCUGAAACAGAUCAAGACUGGAGUUCAGAGAGCAGGGAGAUAAUUUUUUCUCUGGGAAAACUGGCUUUUAACCAGCUGGAGAAAGGCAACCUGAUCUUCUACGAGGCAGACCUGGCAGAGUGUGGCAUUGAUAUCAGGGCAGCCUCAGUGUACUCAGGAGUGUUCACCCAGAUCUUUAAACAGGAGUGUGGGCUGUACCAGGACAGGGUGUUCUGCUUUGUCCAUCUGAGCAUCCAGGAGUUCCUGGCUGCCCUUCAUGUAUUUUUGUACUUGAUCGACACUGGUGUCAAUCUGCUCUCAAAUGAACAACCAAUCUCCUGGGAAGAUAAACUCAUCUUCCUCUACCAAAGUGCUGUAGACAAGGCCUUGCAGAGUGAGAACGGACACCUGGACUUAUUCCUCCGCUUCCUCCUGGGCCUCUCUCUGGAGAACAAUCAGAUUAUCUUACGAGGUCUGCUCAGACAGACAGUCAGUAGCCAAUGGACGAAUGAGGAAACAGUGUCUUACAUCAAGGAGAAGAUAGGUAGAGAUCUAUCUCCAGAGCGAAGCAUUAAUUUGUUCCACUGUCUGAAUGAGCUGAAUGACCGUUCAUUAGUGGAGGAGUUCCAGUACCUGACAUCAGGAAGUCUCUCCAGAGAAUCACUCUCCCCUUCUCAGUGGUCAGCUCUGGUCUUCAUCUUACUGUCAUCAGAAGAGGAGCUGGACGUUUUUGACCUGAAGAAAUACUCUGCUUCAGAGGAGAGCCUUCUGAGGCUUCUGCCAGUGGUCAAAGCCUCCAAAAUAUCUAGGCUGAAUGGCUGUCAUCUGUCAGAAAGAUGCUGUGAAGCUCUGGCCUCAGUUCUCAGCUCCAACUCCUCUAGUCUGAGAGAGCUGUACCUGAGUAACAAUGAACUGCAGGAUUCAGGAGUGAAGCUGCUCUCUGCUGGACUGGGGAGUCCACACUGUACACUGGAAACUCUCAGGCUGAAUGGCUGUCAUCUGUCAGAGAGAUGUUGUGAAGCUCUGGCUUCAGUUCUCAGCUCCAACUCCUCUAGUCUGAGAGAGCUGGACCUGAGUACCAAUGAUCUGCAGGAUUCAGGAGUGAAGCUGCUCUCUGCUGGACUGGGGAGUCCACACUGUACACUGGAAACUCUCAGGUUGUCUGGCUGCCUGAUCACACAGGAAGGCUGUGCUUCUCUAGCCUCAGCUCUGAGCUCCAACCCCUCCCAUCUGAGAGUGCUGGACCUGAGCUACAAUCACCCAGGAGACUCAGGAGUAAAGCUGCUUUCUGCUGGACUGGAGGAUCCACGCUGGAGACUGGACACUCUCAGUGUGGAGCACGGUGGAGUGUGGAGGCUGAAACCAGCUCUAAAGAAGUACGCCUCUGAACUCAAACUGGACCCAAACACAGCCAACGGACGACUCUCUCUGUCUAUGGACGACAGAAAGGUGACGUGGAUUGGAGAGGACCAGUCAUAUCCUGAUCACCCAGAGAGAUUUGACUCACAUCACCAUCUCUUGUGUAGAGAGGGUCUGACUGGCCGCUGUUACUGGGAGGUAAAGAGGGAAGGAGAGGUUUAUAUAGGAGUGACAUACAGAGGAAUCACAAGGAAAGGAUCGGGUGAUGACAGUUGGCUUGGAUGGAACAACAACUCCUGGAGUCUUUCUUGUUAUGAUGAUCAUUACACUGCCUUGUACAACAGUAGUGAAACAGCCAUACGUCUCGCCCCUGCUGGCUCCAACAGAGUGGGAGUGUAUCUGGACCGGCCUGCUGGCACACUGUCCUUCUACAGAGUGUCCCCAGAUGUAGGAGGGUCCUCAGACACACUGACACACAUCCACACCUUCCAGUCCACGUUCACCCAGGAGGACCUCCUCCCUGGGUUUUACUUAUGGGAUGGUGCGUCAGUGUCUCUGUGUCAAUUUGAUCUCGCUCCGAGAGACCGCGCAAAUAGGCGCACCUCUCGUAUGCACAGAGAGAGCGAGAGAGAGGGAAGGAGAGAGAGAGAGACAGAG